AGUCUCUGUCCAUGAGGGUUUCCUGGGAAGAGGGGCUGGCUGGUCACCAGCAUUCCGUGAUUUAUCCGGGAGCCUUUUCCCAACCCCAAACACCGCUGAGGCUGUUUCCACAAUGGAAAUUCCCUGAUAAGCCCAGGCACCUGCUGACAUGGAGGACCAGUGGCGCGUGGGAGCUGCCAGAAGUGGGGGGAGUGUAUGCCUGGAAGGGGUUGUUGGACGUCUGGAAGGGGUUGUUGGACGCCUGGAAGGGGUUGUUGGAUGCCUGGAAGGGGUUGUUGGACGCCUGGAAGGGGUUGUUGGAUGCCUGGAAGGGGUUGUUGGAUGCCUGGAAGGGGUUGUUGGAUGCCUGGAAGGGUCCUUGCAAGGCCUGUGGGGGGGCAGAGGUGAGCACUGCACGCUGGGCCCGAGGUUUGCACAGCCAGGGGGGUGUGUGGAGCUGGGAGGUGGGGUCACACAGCUGGCAGGGGCUGUCACACACCAGCAAGAGGGACACACUCUGGGAGGGGUCAUUGCACACCUGGCAGGGGCUGCUGCAGGUUAUACAAGGCUGGAGCAGGACUUGCACAGCCGGCAGAGCCGGGAGGUUGUUGCAAAGCUGGAGGGUAGGUGGCACACCUGGCAGGAGUUGUUGCACACCUGGUGGGGGCUGGAGCAGGACUCGCACACCUGGCAGGGACACUGCGAAGGUGGGACAUGGGUCACACACGUGGGGGCGGCUGUCGCGCACACAGCCGAACGGCUGCACGCCUGGGAGCGGCUGUCACACACCAGGCGGGGGCAUGGCCAAGCUGGCAGGCGGUUUCAUUCCCGGACGGGGCCGUUCCGCCGGAGGAGGCUGUCGCGCCCCCGGCACAGAGGGGCCGCCGGGGCGGGCUCGGUGCGGGGGGCGGAGCCGGUCCCUCCCUGCGUCCCUCCUCCCUCGCUGUCCGCCCCACGCCGGCGCCAUGGCGGGCCCGGGCGGUGCCGACGGUGCCGGGGACGCCGGGGAUGUGCUGAGCGGCGGCAGCGAGCGGCGGUGCCGGGCGCGGCUGGCGGCGGCGGGCGCGGGGGGCGCGGCGGCGGCGGCGGCCGCGGUGCUGGUGCCGCUGUGCUCGGUGCGCGGCCGCCCCGCGCUGCUCUUCACGCUCCGCUCCCGCCGCCUGGCCGGCCCCCACAGCGGCGACGUCAGCUUCCCCGGUGGGCGGCGGGACCCGGCGGACGGGGACGCGGUGGCCACGGCUCUGCGGGAGACGCGGGAGGAGCUGGGGGUGGCGGUGGCAGCCACCAGCGUCUGGGGACAGCUUCGGACGCUGCCCGACCGGCAUGGAAUGACCGUGGCACCUGUCGUGGCCAACCUGGGGCCGCUGGAGGCCUUGACACUGAACCCCAACCCAGAUGAGGUAGAGGAGGUGUUCACCCUGCCCCUGGCUCACCUGCUCCGCGAGGAGAACCAGGGCUACACCCACUUCCGCACAGCCAGCGGCUACGGAUACACCUUGCCCGUGUUCCUCAACGGCCCUCACAAGGUCUGGGGGCUCACGGCCAUCAUCACCGAGCUGACCCUGGAGCUGCUGGUGCCUGGCCGCUACCGCAGGAAGACCCGCGUGCCUCCCCAGAAAGCCCCAGCCUGAGCGGGCAGGGGGUGGCUCUGGGGUCCCCGUGCCUCGGUUCUCCACCAUGCACGGGGGAAACGGCUCCCAGCCCAGCAGUGAUGUUGCACACUGUGAUUCAGUAAAAGCCAUGUUUGGAACUGC